UUGAUCCAUAUGGAUUUGAAAGGCCGGAAGACUUUGAUUAUGCAUCCUAUGAAGCAUUCUUUUCCAGAUAUCUCGUGGUACUCACUAGAAGAGCAAUAAAAUGGUCCAAGCUCCUAAAGGGGAAUAAUAGUAUACAGAAGAAUUUAAAAGUAAAAAGAUAUAUCAGGAAAGGCAUCCCCAAUGAACACCGUGCAUUGAUCUGGAUGAUUGUGAGUGGGGCCCAAGCCAACAUGGAACAAAACCCUGGGUAUUACCACAGACUGCUUGAAGGAGAGAAGAAUGACAAGCUGGUUGAAGCAAUCAAAACAGACAUGAACAGAACAUUUCCAGAUAAUGUAAAAUUCCGCAAAACUGCUGAUCCGUGUUUGCAGCAUGUACUCUACAACGUGUUGGUAGCAUAUGGGCAUCAUAAUAAAGCAGUAGGCUAUUGUCAGGGCAUGAACUUCAUAGCUGGAUACCUGAUUCUUAUUACAAAGAAUGAAGAGGAGUCCUUCUGGUUGCUAGAUGCUCUUAUUGGAAGAAUAUUGCCUGAUUAUUACAGUCCUGUGAUGUUGGGCCUGAAAACUGAUCAGGAAGUCCUUGGAGAACUUGUGAAAAUGAAAGUUCCAGCUGUGGCAGAGCUGAUGGAAAGACAUGGAGUCAUGUGGACCCUAGUGGUGUCACGCUGGUUUAUAUGCUUGUUCAUUGACAUUCUUCCAGUAGAGACUGUGCUCCGAAUAUGGGAUUGUUUGUUCUAUGAAGGAUCAAAGAUCAUCUUCCGCGUGGCCUUAACGUUAAUAAAGCAAAACCAAGCUUUUAUUUUGGAAGCCACGAAUUUCCCUGACAUCUGUGAUAAAUUUAAGCAGAUCACCAAAGGAACAUUUGUAACGGAGUGUCACAGCUUCAUGCAGAAAAUAUUCACAGACCCUGGAAGCUUGUCCAUGGCAACAAUCAACAAACUCCGAGAGACUUGCAGAGAGAAGUUACUUUCUCAGGGAUAACUCACCCCAUUUAACCAGGUGGUCAGAUAUUACAGCAAUUGACACAUUCCUCUAUUUGCACUGACUAAAGCACACUUUAAACUUUCCAUGGGUUAACUGACAGGACCAAUUUUUCCUGCCUUUCAAGUAAGUGUUGUUAACACUGUGUACUGUAUGUCAGACUUGAUAACUGGAACUGGUGGUUCUGUUGUUUGUUGUUGUUUUUAAAGAUCAAAGUGUUUUCAGAGUAGAAUGUGAUCAGUGACAGGAUACUCCUUUUAAAAAAGUCACAGGGCAUUUUGUAAUGUUAAAACAGGUGUAAAAAUCAUAUAUCCUUCCUACUGUAUCAACUGUGACACCACUCUCAUUUGUACAAAAUAAAUUAAUUUAAUUUG